UGGAGGAAUGACUCCUUUCGUCUCUUCGGAGUAUAAAGACCUCGUUUUUUUCCUUCUGGAAAAUUACCAUUGUCCGAAUAGACACAUACAACUGACCAUACCAGUAUCUACUGGGCUCUUCUCCGGAUUACUGUACACGCCUUCUUCGCUUCAUCUAAACCGGCUCUUCAAUGAAGGUACUCUUGUUGCUUAAUAGGGGC